CAGCUGACAUUUUCCUGUGGUCCCUUCAUCAACUAGACCCCCUUCUUACAAAUGUGUGUCUCCUGUCAAUAAAAUAUUGUUGUUUCUCUCCUUCAGUGCCAGAUGGCGUUGUUAUCACUAUUGUCAAAGAACGUUUGACUCAACUUGACUGUAUGACAUGUGGCUGGGUAUUACAUGGAUUUCCCAGGAACUUAUUCCAAGCUCAAGAUCUGGAUGAUGCUGGAUUAUUUCCAACAAGGGUAUUUUUCUUAGAUGUAUCACUGGAUUCCAUAUUGGAGAGGAUGACUCCCCUAAGGACAGACUUGGUGACCGGGCAGCAACAUCACCUGCAUUUUAAUCCUCCGCAGACACUGGCGAUGAUGGAUCACCUGAGAACCAACCCAAGACAUAUGGAGAAGUCAGUCACAGAGGAAGUAUCAAGAUUCCAUGCUCAGGAGGAAGGAUUGUCAGGGUUUUACAUAGACAGAGCAGCUCACCUGAAUGCUGACCAGGAUUAUUACACUGUGUUUGAAACCAUUAUGAGUAUGAUCAUCAACCCUAUAGCAGUUAACUUCGAUUAAUGACCAUCUUCUAACACUCCUCAUCUCUUGAUGAUCAAUUUGGCUUAUAUUGCAUUCUAUUUUCAGUUCUUUUGCUGAUGAAGAGCAUCAAGAAUAAUCAUCAAGAGAGUAAUGUUUGUUUCAAAAAAUACUUUUAUUUAUAUAUCUAUUAAACACUGG